AUGGGGAUUUGUUCUGGGAAACAGCAACCAAGUAGGCAUGCCAAGCAGCAUUUAAGUGAAAUAAAAAGAUUUGCUAAACAAAACAUUAGAUAGUUUUACCGAUUUGGAAAGGUUUUAGGAUCAGGAAGUUUUGGUACUGUAAAAGUGGGUUACAGUGUCAGAGAUUCAAAAGAAUUUGCAAUAAAGACUAUUCAUAAAUAUCGAAUGCGAGAAUAAUUCUACCUUGUACUCAGAGAGUUAGACAUCCUUACACAAUUGGAUCAUCCAAAUAUCAUUAAAGUAUUUGAAGAGUAUGAAGAUGACAUGUAUUAUCACUUUGUUAUGGAAUAUUGUAGUGGAGGAGAAUUAUUAGAAAGGAUAGUGGAAAAAGGUUAUAUUGGAGAAUCUGAAUCGAAAGUUAUAAUGCAACAAUUGUUUUCAGCAAUAAAUUAUCUUCAUUCAAUGGGAAUAGCUCAUAGAGAUUUGAAACCAGAAAAUAUUCUUUUUGCCUCAAAGGAUAAAGAUGCUCCAAUUAAGGUAAUAGAUUUCGGAUUGAGCAAGAAGUUUAGAAAUAUAAAUUAAAAGCUUUAGAGAAUGAAUAGUAAGGUAGGAACUCCAAUAUAUGUUGCACCAGAAAUCCUAUCUGGAGAUUAUUCUUUCUAAUGUGAUGAAUGGUCUUUAGGCUGUAUCAUGCAUGUAUUGCUCUGUGGGAAUCCUCCAUUCUAAGCUAAGUAAUUAGAUAAGUUGGAAGUUAAAAUCAAGCAUUCUGAGGUUGAUUUCUCAUUUACUGCUUUUGAUCGCGUGUCUUCUGAGGCUAAGAAUUUGAUUAAGAGCUUAUUAGUAAAGUAACCUAAGAAGAGAAUCACGUGUGAAAAAGCAUUAGAGCAUCAAUGGUUUAAAAAUAUGAAAUUAAGUUCUCAUUAAUAAUAAUUAACCAAUAGUGAUCAUUAAAAAAUAUUAAGAUUGUUGCAUACUUAUGCCAAUUCAUCCAAAUUAAAAAAAGAGACACUUAAAAUAUUAAUUAACUAACUUACUUAAAGUCAAAUAUCUUAGUUAAAGGAAGUUUUCACUACAUAUGAUAAGGAUUGCAAUGGUACUAUCUCUAUUUAAGAACUUUUAUAAAUAAUGGCAAAUCUCGGAUUUAAGAAAAGCGAAGAAGAACUUGUUUAAAUGAUUAAAAAAUUUAAUAAUAUCAAUCCUUCUAGUGAUGAUAUCACCUAAGAUACAUAAAUUACAUACACUUCAUUUUUGAGUGCCUUAGUGAAUUGCAAGAGUUUUUUAAACAAAGAAAGAUUAUGGAAUCUAUUCAAAUACUUUGAUAGCAACAAUCAAAAUUUUAUUACUAUAGAGGACGUAAGGAAAGCCUUUGAGAGAGAAGGAAGACAAUUAUCUCAAUCAAAAUUAAUUUCUUUAUUUUAGGAAAUAAUGUAAAAUGAGGAACAGAAAACAAUUGAUUUUGAGUAGUUUUGUCAAAUGAUGUAGGAUAAUUUAUAUAAUAGCAAUAAUGAGAAGAACAAUCUGGAAUAAGAAUUAGAUUGCUUUGAAAAUUGA